UCUACUUUUAUUCAAUCUCAGGUCAAACAAUGUUGCUACCAUUUUUAUCCGAAACAUGUACAGCGAAUUUUUGCACCUGUUUUUACACCAUGAUUUAUUCAUUUCUUUUUGGCUACUCGCCGGAUAAUAAAUUUAAUUUGCAAGUAAAACCGGAGCCAGAGGUAUAUGAUUUUAUUGUUGUUGGUGCUGGAUCAGCGGGAUGUGUUGUAGCAAAUCGACUCUCGGAAAUCAAUGAUUGGAAUGUACUUUUAUUGGAAGCUGGAAAAGAAGAACCAUUACUUGCAAAUAUACCUGGAUUUUGUGCUUCUCUAGUAGGAACAGAAUUUGAUUGGAAAUAUAGAACGCAACCGGAAAAAAGUGCAAUUGUAAAUAAUAGGAGAAUAAAUUGGGCUCGAGGAAAAAUAAUGGGUGGUUCUAGUGCAGUAAGUGCCAUGUAUUACGUUCGAGGAAAUAGAGAAGAUUUUGACAAUUGGGCAAGAUUGGGAAAUCCUGGAUGGAGUUACGAUGAUGUUUUACCUUAUUUCAUAAGGUCGGAAAAUAAUUCAGAUCGUAAGAUUGUGGAAAAUAAUCCCGAUUAUCACGGAACAAGUGGAUAUUUAUCAGUUCAAUCAUUUCCUUAUCUAACAGAACCAGGUAAAAUUGCAAUUAAAGCUUUUCAAAAAGAAGGUUACGAUUUAAUUGAUCCAAAUGCUUCUAAACAAUUGGGUGUAGCAGUAACACAAUUAACACAGGGAAAUAAUUCUCGAUCAAGUUCAAAUAUUGCAUAUAUACGCACAAUUAGAGACCAACGAAAAAAUUUAUAUGUUAAAAGUCAAUCGUUAGCGACGAAAAUUCUAAUCGAUGCAAAAACAAAGAAAGCUAUUGGUGUUGAAUAUAUAUCUCUCAAGACUGGUAAAACAAAAACAGUUAUGGCAAGAAAAGAAGUAAUUGUAUCAGGUGGAGUUGUCAAUUCCCCACAAUUGUUAAUGGUUUCCGGAGUUGGACCAAGUGAGGAGCUUAAGAAACAUAAAAUUGAACUGAUAAAAGAUCUUCCAGUUGGUAAAAAUUUACAUGAUCAUGUAUCAGCUGUAGGUCUCUCGGCUAAGAAAAAUAUUACGAAACCUUCAGAGUCAUGUGAAAUUAAAACAGAAAAUUUACUUACUUAUUUAACAAAACGACAAGGACCCCUCAGUGGAAUUAAACAAACCAUGCUUAUGGCAUUUGCAAAAACAAGAUUUGAAGAUACAGAUAUUCCGGACAUUCAAUUUACUUUUGAUAAUAUAGAGGAAAAUGAAAUUGCCUUCAAACCAAUAUUAUUAUCUCCAAAAAGUAGAGGACAUCUUGCUCUUAAUGAAGAAGAUCCUGUUAGAGGGGCGCCUUUAUUAUAUCCAGGUUAUUUCACUGAAAAAAAUGAUGUGGAACGACUAAUAGCUGGUAUUGGACUCGCUAUCGAUAUUCUUAAUUCAACAGAAAUGAGGAAUAAUGAUUUUAUUUUCGACGAAACACCCUUAGCAGCUUGUCAAUCGUAUGAAUUCAAUACUUAUGAUUACUGGGUGUGCUUUUUGCAACAUAAUUUUUACACUGAUUAUCAUCCCGUGGGAACAUGUAAAAUGGGACCAAAAGAGGAUCAUCUAGCUGUUGUAGAUUCAAGAUUAAAAGUACACGGUAUAGAAGGAUUAAGAGUAAUUGAUGCCUCAAUAAUGCCUGUUUUGACUCGGGGAAACACUAAUGCGCCGACAACUAUGAUCGGCGAAAAAGGAAGUGAUAUGAUUAAAGCUGAUUGGUUGAAAUUUACAUUAUUAGAGUUUAAAGUGUCUGCAUUCAGUACAGUUCAAUCUGUACAUGUAACUCCAGAACCGGAAGAGUAUGAUUUUAUUGUCAUUGGUGCUGGUUCUGCAGGGUGUGUCGUAGCAAAUAGACUUACAGAAAUAGAAAAGUGGAAAGUUCUAUUAUUGGAAGCCGGAGAUGAAGAACCCGAGAUAACAAGUAUUCCCGGAUUCAUGACUCAACUACCAGAAUCGAAUUUAUCUUGGAAAUUUGAAGCCCAAAAUAAAAAAAUUAAUUAUUUUCCAAACGAAAAUAUUGCAUGGCCUUGUGGAAAAGUAAUGGGUGGAACAAGCGCCAUUAAUUCGAUGGUGUACGUUCGUGGUAAUCGCGAUGAUUACAAUAAAUGGGCACAAUUGGGAAACCAAGGAUGGAGUUAUGAUGAAGUAUUGCCUUAUUUUAUAAAAUCAGAGAACAAUCGUGAUCAAAAAAAAGUAGAACAAAAUCCUAAAUAUCACGGUACUAAUGGAUAUUUAUCAGUAGAGACUUUUCCCUUUAUAAGCAACGAGGGAAGAAUUGUACAAAAAGCAUUCGAAGAGAUAGGAUAUAAUUUCACGGACGUCAAUGCUGAAAAUCAAAUAGGAGUAAUGUUUCCGCAAUCAACGACAAAAAAUAAUGUUCGUCAAAGAGAGAGAAAAAUAGUUAUGUCAAGAAAAGAAAUAAUUGUAUCCGGAGGCACAAUUAACACACCGAAGAUAUUAAUGGUCUCUGGAAUUGGUCCCAGUGACGAGCUUCAGAAACAUAAAAUCAAUGUGAUAAAGGAUUUACCAGUAGGACGUAAUCUCCAGGAUCAUGUUUCAUUUCCUGCACGAACAAUGUUGUCAGGUUUUGUUAAUACAAAAUAUUCUCCAAAAAAAACAAUUCCUGAUAUUCAAUUUACAUUUCGUAAUUUUACCGAGAAUCAAGUAAUCAUAAAACCGGUUUUAUUAAAUCCAAAUAGUAGAGGCUAUAUUGUUCUGAAUGAUAAAAAUCCUAUUUUCGGUUCUCCUCAAAUAUAUCAUGGAUAUUAUUCCAAUAAAUCAGAUAUCGAUACAAUGAUUGCUGGCAUUCGGAUAGCUUUCAAGAUACUCAAUGCCAAUAUAAUGAGGAGAAAUAAUUACAAAAUCGAUAAAGUGCCUUUAGCAGCUCCUUGCAAUAAAUUCCGUUACAAUCACGAUGAAUAUUGGAACUGCACUUUAAGACACCAUCCACAAACUGAAUAUCAUCCUGUGGGAACGUGUAAAAUGGGGCCAAGAGAUGAUCAUAAUGCUGUUGUUGAUUCUAGAUUAAGGGUUUAUGGUAUAAAAGGAUUGAGAGUGAUUGAUGCAUCUAUUAUGCCAACUAUUCCAAAAGGGAAUACCAAUGCGCCAACUAUUAUGAUUGCUGAAAAAGCCAGUGAUAUGAUCAAGGAAGAGUACGUUUGCCAACACUCUUUAUGUUUUAAAGUACUCGUCAAGCAAGAUACAAUAAUGAUACCAUUCCUAUCAGAGAGAUGUACUUAUUUUUACGCUAUGAUUAUUUCAUUCUUAUGGAGUCACUCGGUGGAUGACACGUUUAAUUUACAAAUAAAACCCGAACCUGAACAUUAUGAUUUUAUCAUCGUUGGUGGAGGAUCCGCAGGAUGCGUGCUAGCAAACAGACUCACGGAAAUUGAAGAUUGGAAAGUACUAUUGUUAGAAGCAGGCAAAGAAGAGCCAAUGAUAGCCGAUAUUCCUGGAUAUGUUUGGAAAUUGAGAAAUUCUUCUAUUAAUUGGAAAUAUAGAACACAAUCAGAAGGAAAUAAUGAGCUAAAUAAAAUUAAAAGUAUCUCAUGGGCACGUGGAAAAGUAAUGGGAGGUUCAAGUGCAAUAAAUAUGAUGGUAUAUAUUCGUGGUAAUAGUGAAGAUUAUAAUAAAUGGGAACAAUUGGGAAAUCAAGGAUGGAAUUAUAAUGCAAUAUUGCCUUAUUUUAUAAAAUCAGAAAACAAUCUGGAUAAAAAAAUAGUAGAAGAAAAUCCAAACUUUCACGGAACGGGAGGAUAUUUGUCAUUGGAAUCAUAUCCAUAUACAUCGGAAAUGAGACAAAUUUUGCAAAAGUCUUUUGAAGAAAUAGGAUACAGUGUAAAAGAUGUAAAUGCCGCGAGUCAAUUGGGUUUGACAUUUGGUCAACAAACGUCAAAUAAUCGAGUUCGUCAAAGUGCAAAUGUUGCCUUUAUUCGGCCAAUAAGAGGAGUGAGAAAAAAUCUCUUUAUUAAAAGUGAAUCAUUUGUGACAAAAAUUUUAAUCCAUCCAAUAACAAAAAAAGCUGUUGGUGUGCAAUACAUUACUAAAACUGAUGAAAGUAAAAUAGUUUUUGCAAAAAAAGAAGUAAUUAUUUCCGGAGGUGUUAUCAAUUCACCACAAUUAUUAAUGGUUUCCGGAAUAGGACCCACUGAUGAACUAAAAAAGCACAAUAUUACAAUUGUAAAAAAUCUUUCGGUUGGAAAAAAUCUUCACGAUCAUGUAACGUUUACAGGUGUUUCUAGUAUACUUAAGAAAAAUAUCUCAACAGAUUUAAAUUGCAAGAAAAAUUUGGGAAAUUUAUUCGAUUAUCUCACGUCACGUAUUGGUCCAUUAUCUUUAACAGACUACAAAAUUGUUGCUGGUUUUGUCAAAACAGAAUAUGAGAAAAAUCCCGAAAUACCAGAUAUACAAUUAAUUUUCCGAGAAUUAAGUGAAAAUCAAUUGACUAUUGCACCUGUAUUAUUGGUUUCAGAGAGUAAAGGAUUUAUUAAACUAAAUACUACAGAUCCAGUUAAAGGAGCACCAGAAAUAUAUGCAGGAUAUUAUUCUCAAAAAUCGGAUAUGAAACGAAUGAUUGCGGGAAUACGAAUUGCUCUUCGUUUGCUAAAUUCCACAGAAAUGAAAAAACACAAUUUUUAUAUUAACGAAACAUCUUUGCCACCUUGCCAAAACUAUAGUUUCGAUACUGAUGACUAUUGGGAAUGUAUUUUAAUAAAUGAUCUUGAUACUCUAAAUCAUCCAGUGGGAACGUGUAAAAUGGGUCCAAAAGAAGAUGCAAAUGCUGUGGUUGAUUCACGAUUACGUGUUUAUGGAAUCAAUGAAUUGAGAGUGAUUGAUGCAUCAAUUAUGCCAAUUGUUACAAGAGGUAAUACAAAUGCACCAACAAUUAUGAUUGCCGAAAAGGCUAGCGAUAUGAUUAAAGAAGACUGGUUAAAGAGAUAAUUUUUCUAGAAAUAUUUUAAAGGAAGAAUUCUUUUUAAACUCAAAAAAACAAGAUUAAUUUUUAAAAGAGCAAAAAAUAUUAUAAAAUUGUGUUUCUAAUAUUAUGUAAUGAAAAAAAUUUGUUUUCCUGUAUAAAGAAUGUGUACCUCAAAGAGUUAAAAAAUAGAAACAUUAUAUUCUGGAAGAUAUUACGAGAAGGUGUUCAUUAAACGUUCCAUUUAACGUCAUCUAGCGUUAAUGAAAGCUGUAAUUAACUUUUGAUGUUACCUCUCUUUCACAAAGAUGUAAAUUAUACUUCUAUAUUAUAACUUUCAGUCUAUCAGGUGUCUUCAUUGAUGAGUGAAAUAUUCCUUACAUUAUAGAAACUUUGUGUAUAUAUAUAGUGUGUCAUAUUACAAUUAAAAAUUUUAAACAAAAAAUAAAAUUAAAUUAAUAAAAAUUCUUUUUUAAUCAAA